AUGGCUCAGUUUACUACUGAACAGUUUGAGCAGCUUAUGCAAGCUGUCGGCCAUUACAAUGUACGUAGUGGUUCGUUGAGCAACUGUACUGCUCGUUAUGCAGGUGAACGCGAUUCCACAAAAGUUGAGGAGUUCAUUGCUGCUGUAGGGACGUUUAAAGCUGUCGAGAAAAUAAGUGACGCGGAUGCUAUUACUGGCAUGCCCAUGAUUUUAGAGGGUGACGCAGCAGAAUGGUGGCGCGGUGUACAGCCAAAGCCCAAAGUUUUUGAGGAUGUUGUGCGUAUGCUGCGUGAAGCUUUUUGUCCCCCUAAGCCUGACUGGCGAAUCUAUGCUGAAAUCAUUGAAAGCAAACAAGCCAAAAACGAGCCGACUGAUUCUUUUGUUCGAAGAAAACGUGCUCUCUUUUCCCAACUCACUAAUGCUCCUAGUGAAAUCGGCCAAAUCGAUCUUUUGUUUGGUAUGAUUCAUUUACAAAUUAGGGAUAGGGUUAGUCGUAAACGCAUUACUACGUUCGAUGAUCUAUUGAAUGAAGCUAGAGAAGCAGAGAUGACCUUGCGCGAACACAAAAUGACUACCGCGAACGCCGAUAAAGCCGUCGAUAGUACAAGUGGUCCGGUACGUUGUGGUUUUUGCCGCAAAAAGGGGCAUUACACAGAAGUGUGCUUCAAAAAGAAAAACGAAGAGGCCAAAACAGCGCAAACACAAGCGAUUGCAAAUGCUUUAGUGACAAAGCCGUCGUAUUCGUGUUAUGGAUGCAAUGCACCAGGUGUUACACGCGCAAAUUGCCGAAAUGUUUGA